ACCACCACAAGGUCACGUCUCGAAUCUUGAAGGCCAGUCGGAUCUGGCUCGCGACCGUGUCAGGCUCGGACCAGCCAGGCCGAUCCCAACUCGCUAAUUCGGUCUGCCAUGGAACCGUGAAUGAAUGCACCCGCCUCGAAUCGUGAACUCAACUACCCUCUCUCCCCGUCUCUCUCUCUCUCUCUCUCUCUCUCUCUCUCUCUCGAUUCACUGCCCGUUCCAGUUUCGAGGAGACCCAAGAAACGACGUUCUCGAACACUUGUCCCCCCGCAGGUUCGACUGCGAUUCGUGCAGAUCAGGAGUUCCGCCUCCGAACCCACGAAGCGCACGUUCGGUUUCCUCGUAAAGGGGAAAAAGACAAUGCACAUUGGACUGACGCAUUUACAAUGUUUGCCCAUGAAUGAUGUUUCUUCGGUUGGACAUAUACAGGUGGUGUGACGUCAACUUACCAAGGCCCCUUUUGUUUUUACAGCAAGCAACGUGAUUUACUAAAUUACUAGAAAAUCAUUGGAAAGUCGAUAAAAUGGAAGAAAGUGGCGCUGCCAUAAGGAAAUGGGAGGACCUAGACACUGAUAUACUGGUGAAGAUAUUCCAGACAUUUGAUAUCUUUGAGUUGACAUCACGGAUAGCUCAUGUUUGUAGUGCAUGGCGUAUGGCUUGCUGUGACCCUCUACUCUGGAAGACUCUCGACUUAUCUGCUUUAGAUUCAAAUUUCAUCAGAAUUCCUCAUGAGCCAUAUGUUUAUGUCCAUGGUCAGUCGGAUAAAGAAGUAACGCAACUGUUGAAGAUCGCAUUGAAUCUCAGCCAGGGAAGCAUACAGACAUUAAUUUUCCGUUUCAAUCUAUACUUGAGUGAUGAACAGCUGACUUACACUGCUGAAAGGUGCCCGCUCGUCAAACGCAUUGUAAUGCCAGCUUGGAAUCGAAUAAAGAAAACAGGAAUAUGCAAAGCUAUCAACAUGUGGCCUCACCUUGAGUCUAUGACGAUGCCCAGCAUAGCGAACCCUCCUUACCUUCUGGAGGAAAUCUCAAAGAAUUGCAAGAACUUCAGCAAACUUAAGAUCAUGGGCCCUUUUGAUAUGCAAUUUGCUUUGUCCCUUGUUUCAUACAUCCCGAAAUUGAAGGUCUUGAGUCUUCGGUGCUCGGUGGUAAUGAGGGAUGCUCUUGUCACAAUUUUGGACAACUUACAGGAUUUAGAAGUGCUAAACAUAUCACACUGCAUCCUUAUCGAAGCCUGCUCACCUCCUUUGUCAAAAAGAGUGGUUAAGGAGAUUGAUCCGUUCAUCAUGAACAAGGCAAAUCGACUACGCGAGUUCUUAGUGUGCAUGAAUGACUCCUGCAUCAUGUGCCAGCGUGCCAGAAGUGAUGAGGGGCUGAUGAGGUGGUACAGAUAUGAAGAAGGCUUGUGGAAGUCAGAUGAAGUGAGGUCUCUGGCUCUUUGAUCAGUAUACUGACAGUUCAGUGGCUAGAAUUCGUAAUCUGUAUAGCAUCUUGGUUUCAAAAUUCUCUUGCGUGCUAGAAAUAAAACAAGGAUCGUAUUGAUGAAUGUAAAUAAAAGCCGUCUUUGUCUCAGUUAUACUCUUAUGAGACAGGUUCAUCAAUAGAGUGGUUUUGGAUGGUCCUUGGGUAGAAGUGGUCGGCUGAAUAGCACCCAGGCCAUUGUGAUUUUUGUAGUUCUGCUGUAGAUAAUCAAGUAGUUUCAUCGCCUUCAGGCAAUCAAUGUUUCUGUAGAUCUUUACAGCUCU